UCACACCCUUGCUCCUCCCCCUUUGCCUGUUAACCAAAAGCGAGAUAUAGAGAUAUAUGGGUACUCUGGAUCCAAACUCAACGAUGGUGCGUGGAGUUCAGGAUAAUCCAAAGACUCCUCAGAACGGUAACCAACAGAAGGAGCUCGAUGCCGGUGCCCUCUUCGUUCUUAAAUCCAAAGGGUCGUGGGUGCACUGUGGUUACCAUUUAACGACAUCAAUUGUUGCCCCAGCACUCCUCAGCCUCCCUUACGCCUUCAAAUUCCUUGGAUGGGCCGGCGGCGUCGUCUGUCUGGUCAUCGGAGCUCUGGUCACUUUUUAUUCUUACAACUUAUUGUCUCUUGUUCUUGAACAUGAAGCCCUCUUGGGUAAACGCCAGCUUCGCUUCAGAGACAUGGCCAAUGACAUUUUGGGGCGGGGAUGGGGCCGUUACUUUGUUGGGCCGAUACAAUUCAUGGUCUGCUACGGUGCUGUUGUUGCUAGCACUCUUCUUGGUGGACAAUGCAUGAAGGCAAUUUAUUUACUCUCGAAUCCAGAUGGAAGCAUGAAGCUAUAUGAAUUCGUGAUUAUAUUCGGCUGCUUCAUGAUGAUUUUAGCUCAGAUCCCAUCUUUUCAUUCACUUAGGCAUAUUAACCUCGUAUCUUUGGUUUUAUGCCUUUGCUAUAGUGUCUGCACCACUGCUGCCUCGAUUUAUAUAGGAAAUUCCUCCAAGGGGAUAAAGAAGGAUUAUAGUGUGAAAGGUGACUCCGAAACUCGUCUUUUUGGCGUCUUCAAUGCCAUUGCCAUCAUUGCCACAACAUAUGGCAAUGGUAUAAUUCCAGAAAUUCAGGCAACCAUUGCACCACCAGUGAAGGGGAAGAUGUUCAAGGGACUAUGUGUUUGUUAUGUAGUAGUUUUGACGACUUUCUUCAGUGUUGCCAUUUCAGGCUACUGGGCAUUUGGGAACCAAGCUGAAGACCUGGUACUCGACAAUUUUUUAAAAAAUGGGAAGGCUUUGGUGCCCAAAUGGUUUAUUUUGAUGACAAACAUCUUCACUAUUCUCCAACUAUCCGCUGUUGGUGUGGUCUACUUGCAGCCAACAAAUGAAGUGUUAGAGCGUACCUUUGGAGAUCCAAAGAGCCAAGAGUUCUCCCUCCGGAAUGUUGUCCCAAGAAUAGUCUCCAGAUCAGUGUCUGUUGUCAUAUCAACAACAAUUGCAGCAAUGCUUCCAUUCUUUGCAGACAUCAAUGCUGUCAUUGGAGCCUUUGGAUUCAUACCUCUAGACUUCAUAUUACCAGUUGUUUUCUAUAACUUGACGUUCAAGCCACCAAAACAGAGUCCCAUAUUUUGGCUGAAUAUUACAAUUGCAGUAGUUUUCUCCACAGUAGGACUCAUAGCAGCUGUUGCAGCAGUUAGACAGAUAGUUCUUGAUGCCAAUUCCUACCGAUUAUUUGCUAAUGUAUGAUUAAAACCAGGUUUAGUCCCUCCCGGCUGACUUUGUAUCUAAGAAUUCAAGAUACCAAAUAUCCCUUCUGUUUUGGUUUUUUGUUUAUGAAGAUAUUAAGAGCAUCCAAAAAUCAAAUAAUGAAGAUUUUAAAUUCAA